AUGGCUGACACAGAAUACAAUGCCGAGGAGGCAGCUGAACUUAAGAAGAAGAGAACGUUUCGCAAAUUCACGUACCGUGGUAUUGAUCUCGACCAGCUCCUAGAUCUAUCCUCUGAACAGCUUCGCGAUGUCGUUCACGCCCGUGCACGCCGUCGCUUCAACCGAGGGUUGAAACGCAAACCGAUGGGUCUCAUCAAGAAGCUACGAAAAGCUAAACAAGAAGCGCCGCCUAAUGAGAAACCUGAACUCGUGAAAACACACCUCCGCAAUAUGAUAGUCGUGCCAGAGAUGAUCGGGUCAGUGAUUGGGAUAUAUUCAGGAAAGGAAUUCAACCAGGUGGAGAUCAAGCCUGAGAUGGUGGGGUUCUAUUUGGGCGAGUUCAGUAUCUCGUAUAAGCCGGUGAAGCACGGACGGCCGGGUAUUGGGGCUACGCACAGCUCGAGGUUUAUUCCGCUGAAGUAG